AUGUAUGGGGCCCGGCGGGAGAAGACCAUGGCGAACCCAUGGUCCCUAAAUAACUCGGAUGGAAUCACUGGACCCAGAGGAUCACGUCGUCUUCGACGUGCAGCAGCAGCAUUCAUGACUGAGGAGUUCCAGGCCCGGGAGCCCGUUACAGAAGACAAUAUUUUCGUCACACCUGGCUUGGCCAGUGCGAUGGAUGCGCGAAAGUAUUUACAUUCCUCAACCGCUGUACAACGGUUCAAUUUCGACACUCUCAAUCGAAGCAAUGCGCCUGUGAUUGGGGUGCCGUACGAGGGCAUAGAAGGGUACUCUAACCUCGAGGACCUGUUUCACCCUGAGGUGAAUGAAAUAGCUCUAGAGUCUGCGUUGCGCAAAGCAGAAGACGAUGGUAUCACCGUUCGUGCCCUUUUGGUUUCCAAACAUCAACUACACUUCAUCUCCGAUGAAAUCUAUGCGAAAUCAGUAUUUCUGAAUACGGAAAUCGCGACCCCGAUCUCAAUCCUCUCUGCCCUGGCACUUGAUCUUCGCGACAUUAUUGGCCCCAUUCUUCUACAUGUUCUGUAUGGUGCAAGCAAGGACUAUUGUGUCAAUGGUUUACGGCUUGGAUUAUCCUCCACGAAGAAUGAGGCAUGUCUCAUGGUCGCCAUGCUCGAGUACAAGGCAUGGAUGGACAACUUUAUGUGCAAGAAAACCAGUCUCAUGGUCGAGAACUACCGUAUUGCCACAUCCUUCUUCCGUGAACAUGGCAUUCGUUUUUGCGAGUGUAAGGUUUUUUGCCAACAUGUUGAAGGCCUGAUUGUGCACAUAUGUCGCAAGGAAUGCCGGCUUGUUCAUCUGGAUAGACCUUCGCCAUCUACUGCUAGGCAAGCCUAUCGCACCGCAGUCAGACUACAGGCAGCUGAGGAUUACGUUGCCAGACUCGCUUAUAUGAAUGAGAAUUACCGACAUCUGUGCGGAGAAUGGGGUUAUGAUUGCGCCUGCGUGUACAUGCCAAAAGAGCUCGGGUGGUUCCGUAUCACGUUCACUGUCGGGAAGAAAGCCUUGGAAGAAGGAUUGAAGCGGCUGUUGAGACCCAUCAAGGAGGCUGAAAUGGGAACUUGUGGGAAUUGA